AUGAGUUCUCUGCCUGGUGCUGGUGAAACGGAAGAGUCAAGCAAUAUGGACACAAGUGAUCAGAAAGUUAUGAAGGAACCAGCGCCAGAACAAAACAGUAUCCCAGUCCCCGAUGAGCUUGAACUGACUUUAUCGGAACAAGAAUACGCCUAUGAAGAAGAAAUUAUUCGAAAUCCGUACGUCGUAAAAGGAUGGCUUCGUUAUGCAGAAUUUAAGCGGAAUGCACCGCAAGCAAAACUCAAUAUGGUCUACGAACGAGCUGUCAAGCAGUUACCCGGCAGCUUUAAAUUAUGGAUGGCUUAUUUGAGGCUUCGAAAGCAGCAAGUGAGAGGACGUUGUGUGACUGACACUGUGUUUGAAGAUGUUAACAAUACUUUUGAAAGAUCUUUAGUCUUCAUGUUCAAAAUGCCCAGAGUUUGGCUCGAGUAUCUUAAGUUUCUAAUGGACCAGAAGAAGGUCACAAGAUGCAGACACGCCUUUGACCGAGCCCUACGAGCAUUGCCUGUCACGCAACAUGUUCGUAUUUGGAAGCUAUAUCUUCAGUUCAUUCAACAGGCUGGAGUUCCACAUGAAACCACUCUUCGUGUAUGGCGUCGCUAUCUCAAAUUGGCGCCUGACGAGGCUGAGGACUUCAUUGAAUUCCUGGUCAAAAUAGGACAUCUAGAUGAAGCAGUGACCAGACUAGCUGAUCUGGUGAAUGACUCCAAGUUUGAAAGCAAGAAGGGAAAGAGUAAAUUCCAGCUGUGGAACUACUUGUGUGAUCUGUUGUCCAAGCAUCCGUUCCAAGUGACCUCGUUGGAUUCGGAGGCGAUUAUCAGGCAGGGAAUCAGUCGAUUCACAGACCAAAGGGGUACUCUGUGGUGUGCACUGGCUGACUACUACAUCAGAGCCGGACUAUUCGACCGAGCCAGGGAUAUCUACAUGGAAGCAGUACACGCAGUAGUGACAGUGCGAGAUUUCACUCAAGUGUUUGAUGCAUAUGUAGUCUUUGAAGAAUCUCUUAUCAAACAUCUCCUUGGCAAACAAGAGAAAGGUGACAUUACGGAAGCUCAAAAACUAGAACUGGAAUUAAUGUUGACGCGUUACGAAGAAAUGAUAAUGAAACGACCGCUUUAUUUGAACUCAGUUUUACUGAGGCAGAACCCUCAUAAUGUUGCUGAUUGGAUGAAACGAGCCGAGAUAUUAGAGAGUAAGCCCCUAAAAGUGAUCAAGACCUACAGCAAAGCGAUUGACACUAUUGACCCGAAGCAGGCUUUGGGCAAAUUUAGUGAGUUGUUUAUGAAGUUUGCGAAGUUUUAUCUGGAUCAGAAGCACGUGGAAGAAGCUAGGAUGGUGUAUGAAAAGGCAACACAGGUUCCGUUCAAACAAGUGGAAGAACUGGCCAAUAUCUGGUGUGAGUAUGCAGAGAUGGAGAUCAACUUGGGCAACCACGAGAAGGCCAUGAAGUUGAUGCAAAGGGCAACCACUCCGCCGGCUAAGAAGGCGGCCUACUUCGACAGCAGCGAACCAGCUCAGAAUAGAGUCUACAGGUCCCUCAAAAUCUGGUCAUUGUACGCGGACUUGGAGGAAAGUAUGGGCACAUUCAGAACAGCAAAAGCAGUCUACGAUGCCAUAAUUGACUUGAGAAUAGCCACUCCUCAGAUUAUUAUGAACUAUGCUUUGUUCCUGGAGGAAAACAAUUACUUCGAGGAAUCUUUCAAGGCAUUCGAGAAAGGCAUCGCCCUGUUCAAGUGGCCAAAUGUGUAUGACAUCUGGCACACAUACCUGUCCAAAUUCAUCCAGAGAUACAAGGGACAGAAACUGGAAAGGACUAGAGACUUGUUCGAACAGUGUGUGGAGGGCAUUCCCAAAGAGAGUGCUAAGAGUGUCUAUUUGAUGUAUGCGAAGAUGGAGGAGGAUUACGGCAUGUCCAGGCACGCCAUGGCAAUUUUAGAUCGUGCAACUUUAGCUGUGAAACCGGAAGAACAGUUUGAAGUGUUCGAAAUAUACCUCAAAAAAGCAGCCGACUAUUUUGGCAUAACUCACUGUCGAGAAAUAUACGAAAAAGCCAUUGACGUUUUGACAGAUGACGGAUCGAAAAUAAUGUGUUUGCGUUUCGCUGAGUUGGAAACAAAAUUAGGCGAAGUUGAUCGAGCGAGAGCUAUUUACGCCCAUUGUUCUCAAAUUUGCGAUCCCAGAACCUCAGUUGAAUUUUGGACAAGUUGGAAAAACUUUGAAGUUAAACAUGGAAAUGAAGAUACCUUACGUGAAAUGUUACGAAUCAAAAGAUCUGUUCAGGCAACAUUCAAUACAAAAGUUAAUUAUAUCACGUCGCAAAUUAUGGAGAAAACUUCAGAAAACGAAAUUUCAGAUGACCUUUCAGGCAGCCAAAUCGACAGUUCUAUGAGUCGAAAUAGCACAGAGACCGAAUCUAAUAACAAUAACGAACCAAAAUCAGCGGAUGAAAAAUCUUUAAGCCAAUCGACUUAUGCGGCUAAAGAAAACAUAAUGUUCGUUAGUUCAAGUAGUAAUAGUAAAAUACUAGACAGUCAAAAAGUUGUAAAUCCUAAUGAAAUGAAUUUGGAAGAUUCGGAUGAAGAAAAAAUGGAUGAUGAUCAGUUAGAAGAAAAUGAAAAGACAGAAGUUGUAAAGCGAAAUGUUCCUGCGUCUGUUUUCGGUUCGCUGAUCACAGGUGGUCAAAAUGAAAAAUCUGAAACGGAGAAAUGACCGCAAAGAAUUUUUGAAAAAGAAACUACUUGAAACUAGAUUUAUUCUUAUGCCAAAUUCUUCUGUUGGUGCGUGUCUAUAUACGUGUCCUUAUGGCAACCCAGAGCCGUUCGUUUUCUUUGUAAUUUGUUUUAAAAGAAAUUGUUUUAAAAUAGUUCAUUUAAUCACCAUUUCUUGUUAAGUUUCACCGAGG